AUGUCGGAUCCGCAGAGCAACCACCCCCGGAGACCGCCCGCCCACAAGUCUGUCUCUCUCCUCCACUCUCCCGGAAAGCGCAAGUUCGUCGACGACUCCGCCGAGGCACGCUUGUCUCGCACCUCCUCCAAUGUGCCUUCGAGCGAUCGUGCCAACCCCUCGUCGCCUGGCUCGUCGAGGCCGGGCACGAAGAAGGAAAGCUCGGGCGAAGUGAGCGAUGCCGGCAAGUGGUUUGAGACGUCCAACAACAACAUUUCGCAGAACAGCACCGGCUUCGUUGACAAUGACCCCCCCUUCUUCUUGCGCAACUCAUCGUCUUCCACCUCCCCUGACAUGACGAACCCUAUGCAAAUGCACAUCCAGGGCCAGUCUUCGAUGCCUCAUCGACCUGCCUUGAUGCACAUGCGCACCGAUGGCAGCAGUACCGAGGAGUUCCGCAGUGUGAUUGAUGAUCUUACCAUCGAGAACAAGAAGCUGAAGAAGAAGCUGAGGAAGUACGAGAAGAUGCAUGAUGCCCACCUGCAAAACGAAAAGCUCUUUGAGGUGCGCGUGCACCGACUGGCUCCAGACAAGAAACGGGAACUUGAGGAGACUCUGAGGAAGUUUGCCAUGGAGCUAGAGGAUAGCAUUGCGAACGAGCCGGCCAGACCUCAUGACCCCCGGGCUACUGGCCUCCAUGUUCGCCCUACCCUGUCAUCCUACACCUCCACCCAGUUUGGCGAUUCGGCCUACAUGUCAGCUUCGGGGCAGAAUUCAAAUACCGCUUCCGGCAGCAACGGCCAAGCCGAAGCCAACCCCCCUCCGAAGAGCAAGUCCCAUUACCACCGCCAACAUGACAGCAUUCAAUCCUAUCUGCAUGACAUCCCUGCAGGCUUGAUGCCAAAGACCAUUGCCAUGACAGAGUCUGCGAAGAAGAAACUAGUCGUUCGACGGAUGGAACAGAUCUUUACCGGCAAGGGAGCUGGCACCGGUGGCCACCAGCAGCCAAUCCAGCAGCAGGAAGUUGCACAGUCUGCUGCCCAGGCUGACAGGGCAGCAAUAGAAGAGGAGACUGGCCAAGAAGCUCGCAUAGAAGGUCUAAGAGAAGCGCGCAUCAUGUAUUCCAAAUCUGAUCAGCGCCACGGGCGAAGCAGAGAGCGCGCCGAAGCAUGCAAGGCUGCUGCACCCCUGAAGACCGUGUCGAAUCACGACUUUGCUAAGCCUACUGGGAAACACUCACCUGAGCAGCGUCCUACACGUCCUUUGGAUCUUGAUCCUCAGAGAGCACAGGUUCCGACUGAAAACAUCAACUACAUUCGCCACCUCGGAUUUUCGCCCCCAGACCCCGAAAUACCCCCAGUCGAUAACCACGGGUGGAUUUAUCUCAACCUUCUCGUCAACAUGGCUCAGUUGCACACCAUCAACGUUACGACCGACUUCGUCAAGAAGGCACUUGAAGACUAUAGUUCCAUGUUGGAGUUGUCCCCAGACGGACGCAAGAUUCGCUGGAAAGGCGGUCAGGACACCUCGCUCAACAGCACUGACAGCUCGCCUGAGCAUCAAAUGGAAUUGAUCAAGUCAAACGUCAACAAGAUUGGUAAGAAGCGACAGAAGCUUGGUCCGAGCAGUACCAACACUUCGAGCGAAACCACUGGUCAAUCAUCCGAGCUACAGCGAAGUACCAACCAUCUAGCCUACACCCCGCUUUUCUAUCGCAAGGAAUCCACCGAGGAUUACGACGGUUCCAAUUUGGACCGUAAUUCCGAAGAAGAGGCGUCUCCCCUCCCGGCUCAUGCCACCGGCAACACAUCCUCGGGAUUCGCCAGCUCUGGAAUGCGGACCUCGUCGUCGAAGAGGAAGCGGGAUGAUGGCCCCAUCAUCUUCUACAACAAGGCCAAGUUCUGCACCGACUUGAGUGGUGAUAGUAGCACGCAUGAUUCUCCAGGCUACACCAACUACAAUCACUACAUCGAUAUGCCUCUGGGUGCUACACCAGAGAAGGAAAGGGAGAAGACUCCGCCCAUGUAUGAUGAUUGCCGUGGCCCUUUGGCUCGUGCUGCUCUCCAUGAAAUGGAUGCCGACAUGGACAUGGAUCCGAGUGACGUUGACUUGGAGUUCUCCAAGUCAUCGUCAACGGACGGGGAUGUCAUUCCAAAGGCCUAUCUUGAUUUCGAAGCAUCGGGCAUUGGCGGAAUAGUGCCAGAGGAUAACUUUGCCAUCGAUGUCGAGUGUAGGCAAGUGAGGAGCGAGUCUGCCCCGGCCACUCAUUACGCAUCUCACACUCCUCGAUAUGUCAAUUAUCCAAGCAACAUCAUGCGCGCUCUGAAAGCCAAGGAUAAGGUCGAUCAGUCGGGCCUCACACGGGUGAGGACACCGAUUGUUAACGGCGAGAUCAUCUCGGCGCAGCAAAUGCGCCUUCCGCCGUCGACACUACCACCACCGUCCCUCCUUCCGUUCGAAUCAUCAUCUGGAGAUGUAGAUACGGACAUGAGUGACGUGUCGGAGAUGGACGACGAGUUUGACGAGUUUGACGAGCCACCCACGGCGGCCCCUCGUCUGGUCGACAUGUCGACGCCUGAUGACGAAGCUGGGGAGAGUGGCGACCAGGAAGAGGAUGGCGAGGACUACGUCGAAGAGGAUGAAGGGUCGUUGGACUUCCUGGCCCAGGCAAGAGAGAUUGACCCCGAGAUGAUCCGGGUACAGGAACGCGAAUAUGACGCCAACAUUGCGGACAGGCUGGCUGAGGAGAUUCCAGCUGGAUCCUCAGCGGCCACUGCCGGCGGUGGCAGCGGAUUCAACAGCCCCGCAUCUCUAAAGGGAGACGGUGACGAUGCUGGCACAGAUCGAAGACCCAGCAGUCGAGGAAGCCACAGCAUCCACCGGGGGAGCUUGAAAAGAUCGAGAACGAGCGACAGCAUGAUUGUGCAUGGGAAGGCGUCACAGUGA